CUUUAUCAAUAAUCCCGACGGAUUAACGCCACUGCGCUCGAAGGAGCUAUAACCGAUUUUCUAUCGGGCCUAACAACCGCUUCACUUUAAAAUAUCCUUUCAACUCGAGUUGUUUUACUUGUGUUUGUCAAGAUGGACGUCGACAUAUAAACCAUUCGUCUUCUCGUUCUUUUUUGAUCGCAACGCUUUCCAUUUUCCCGCAAUUAAGCGUUUCAGUUUUGUGUGUUUUUCAGCUAUCUUGCCUCUUCAACCCUCGCCGAUCCAGGUGAAAUCACCCGUCAUACAACAUCGUCAACGAGCAUCUUACAUCAUUAUUACGACCCAUCAUGGCGCCCAACCUUUUCCUCUGCCUCCGAACUGUCUUCUGCCCCACGUACUGGUUUCAACGUGGAGAGCGCAUCCAAGGGUCCAUCCAUAAAGAAGAACACUGGGAAUCUCCUGUCCCAGGCAUCUACAAAUACAUCCCAGGUCGUGGAUGGCACCUAGUUUACAAAGAUGGCAAUGAGUACGAAGAAAAAGUUCCUGUCCCACUUGUUUACUGCCGCAUCCUCCACCGAUACAUGUUCGAGUAUGAACUGGAGGACAGAUGCCGCUGGCAUUCGGUAACCGUCCAUGAAGGUGCUAAGCCGGAAAGAUACCUCUUCUUUCGUCUUGAUGAUGGAGACACCUGGGUUGCCGGAUGGGAUGCCAAGGGAAAAUUCAUUCCGGGACCCUAUCAAAAAUGGUAUUACGACUCGGAAUCGCAAACCAUGCGCCGAGUACUGUUCCCUGACAGCACGAAUGUUUCCCGUGCCAGCAUCGUCCCAAGCAAGCUGGGCUGAUUGCGGCUUGAUGAAUAACCCAUCCCGAUGGUUAGUGCCCUGACAGUUCUGGGCCUCUUUACAGGGUUUCUCAC